GCUUCGCCCACCCAUCAGUGGGUUUCACUUAAAGGAGCCUGUCACACUGCUUGGAGACUGCCACAUAAUCCAUCAUGAAAAUAGCAUCUUUUAACAUUAAGAAGUUUGGAAAGAAGAAAGUGUCAGACCCUGAUGUCCUCGAAAUCCUGACUAAGAUUGUGUCUCGAUAUGACAUCAUUCUGAUCCUGGAGGUGGUGGACACCAGCGAAGAGUCCAUAGAAAUCUUCAUGAAAGAACUCAACAAAGUCCACGAGGGAUACACCUAUAACAUCAGUGAUCGUCUGGGCAGUACACGCUACAAGGAGCAGUUCAUGUUCAUCUACAAAAGUGAUGUGGUUACGUUGGUGAACCAUGAGCAGUUUAAUGAAGAGGCAACAACAGGAAAAGAUGUUAUUAACAGAGACCCCUACAUCCUGAAAUUAAGAUGCAGCAAUACAGUUGUGGAGGACCUGGUUAUGAUCCCAGUUCACACCAAACCAACGGACUCUGUGGAGGAGCUCGAUGAACUAUACGAUGUCAUCAAGAUUAUUAAGACGAAAUGGAAUACUGAUAACAUUAUGAUCUUGGGUGACUUCAAUGCAGACGGCUCGUACGUUUCCAACCGUGACAUGAAGACCAUUCGCAUUCGUGAAGACGAGAACUUCCACUGGCUGAUUGGAGAUAACGUCGACACUACAACAAGCACCAAGAACACCAACACCUAUGACAGGAUCGUGGUCUAUGGAGAUGACAUGCUUAAUGCUGUGGAACCAGAAUCUGCAAAAGCCUUCAACUUCAAGGAGGAGUUUAAUCUCGAUGAUGAGCAGGCUCUGAAAGUGAGUGACCAUUAUCCAGUGGAGGUUGAGUUGAAGUCCAUAGUUGAGACAGAUGAAAGAAACGCCAAAAAGCUGAAAGGACCAACCCCCGCCUUCGCAUUCUUUGUUGAGGACUUCGAUAAGGAGCACAAGAAGAAGCACCCAGGAGCCAAAGUAAUAUUAACAGAGGUUUCCAAACUGUGCUCAGAAAAAUGGAAGUCCAUGUCACCUGAGGAGAAGGCAAAGUUCAAAGAGAUGGCCAAGAAUGACAAGCGCCGGUAUGACCAGGAGAUGAAGUCCUAUGUACCACCUGCAGGUGCCAAGAAGGGCAAGAAGAAGAAGAAGGACCCCAACGCGCCCAAAAAGCCACCUUCUGCUUUCUUGAUCUUCACCUCUGAACACCGUGAAAAGAUCAAGGUGGAUAACCCGGGGAUCUCCAUCACUGACAUCGCCAAGAAGUCUGGUGAGAUGUGGAAAAAGAUGAGUACCACAGAAAAGACCCCCUAUGAGGCCAAGUACGCCAAACUGAAGGAAAAAUAUGAGAUGGAAGUGGCUGCCUACAGAGCCAAAGGCGCCAAGAAUGUGGAACCAGCUGACGACGAUGAUGAGGAUGAAGAGGAUGAGGAUGAAGAUGAUGAUGACGAGGAUGAAAAUGAUAUUGACGGGAAGAUGGCUAAGUUGUUUCUGGUUUGAGCAUGUGAAGUUUGUGAUGCGUUUGUUUGUUUAUGUUUGUUUUUGUUUUGGGUUGGACGAGUUCAGCAGUAUAACCUGCUGUCCCUGUCGGUUGACCUCAUUUGAGCUGUACUCUUUUUCUAAUUCAGGGUGUUAGAUUUAUAUUGUUUAUUGUCAUUUAUGCUUAGAAAUAUU